CUCCUAAAAAUGGAGAGGGGAGUGCGAGGGUGUCACUAUGUAAGGUGGGCUCCAGUGUCUGGCUGUCACAAAGCCGCUCGCUCUCCUCCAUGCAAGCCCUCAGUCUCCUGUUGUGGGGGGCCCUUCUCGCCCUUUGUGGGGCUGAAGAUGGGCUCCGCUUCCCCUCCUAUGAUGGAAGGGACCGCGUCCUGGAACUGAGCGACAGGAACUAUCGUCAGGUGAUGAAGAAAUACGACGUCUUCUGCGUCUACCUGUGCGAGAGCCCGGCGCCUGGUGACAAGAUCGCACAGAGACAGGCCCACCUGACCGAGAUGGUGCUGGAGUUGUCAGCGCAGGUUCUGGAGAAGAAAGGUGUCGGCUUCGGGCUUCUAGAUUCAAAGAAAAAUUCAAAAGUGGCCAAGAAACUCGGGUGCACAGAGGAAGAAAGCCUGUAUGUCUUCAAAGAGGACAAUGUCAUAGAGUUUGAUGGACAGCUGGCGGCUGAUGUGCUUGUGGAUUUUCUCCUGGAUCUGAUCGAAGACCCUGUGGAGAUCAUCAAUGAUAAAGCAGAGCUGAAGGCCCUCGAUAGAUUGGAGGAAGAAACUAGAGUCAUUGGAUUCUUCAAGGAUGAAACUUCAGAAUAUUACAAGGCGUUUGAGGAGGCCGCAGAGAAUUUCCAUCCAUACAUAAAAUUUUUUGCAACAUUCGACAAAUCGGUGGCAAAGUCCCUGACCCUGAAGAUAAACGAGGUGGACUUCUAUGAACCGUUUAUGAAUAAUCCGGUCACCAUCCCCGAUAAACCUUAUACUGAGGACGAGCUAGUGGACUUCAUCAGGAAGCACAGGAGAGCCACGCUGAGGAAGCUUCGCCCUGAAGACAUGUAUGAGACGUGGGAGGACCAUCUGGACGGAAUUCACAUUGUGGCUUUCGCUGAGGAGGAAGAUCCAGAUGGUUAUGAAUUUAUCGAGAUCCUGAAGGAAGUAGCCAGAGAAAACACGGAGAACCCAGAACUGAGCAUCGUCUGGAUAGAUCCUGAUGAUUUCCCUCUGCUGGUGACAUACUGGGAAAAGACCUUCCAUAUCGACUUGUUCAGGCCACAGAUUGGUGUAGUUAAUGUGACAGAUGCGGACAGCGUCUGGAUGGAAAUGGAUGAUGCUGAGGAUUUGCCGUCACCCUCCGAGCUGGAAGAAUGGAUUGAAGAUGUAUUGUCUGGAAAGGUCAACACUGAAGAUGAUGAUGAUGACAACGAUGACGACGAUGAUGACAAUGACGACGAUGAUGACAACGAUGACGACGAUGAUGACAACGAUGACGACGAUGAUAACGACGAUGAUGAUGAUGACGACGAUGAUUAAACUGAAGACUUUCCAGGAGCCACGUAGUGGUUGUGGCCCUGUAAUGACUGGUGCAUCCUAUACUGGUGCACGUGGAUCCUAUACAUACAUGAAUCAUUCAUUCAUUACCACUCCAGGAAGUCACCAGGACUGGGCUGCAAUCCCCAGUCUGGAGCAGAAGUGAAGUCUGGUGUCAUCAGCUCCUUCCCCUCUCGGGAGGCCGAUGUCUAAUGCAUCUCCAUAAAAUGGUAAAAUAUUCAAUAAAUAUUCCGGGUGGAAGAGA